AUGCCAUUCUCCCACCACAGCCAUUCGGGGCAGUUCUGCGCCCAUGCCAAGGGCACGCUUGAGGAGAUGGUCCAGGCAGCCAUCGCCAAAGGAUUCCACACGUUUGCGCUGACGGAGCACAUUCCGCGCGGCGAUGGAGAUCUCUACCCAGAGGAAACCUUGGACUCGGCGGGGCUCACGCAGCUCUUCGACGAUUACUACCGCGAAGCGGUGCGGCUGCGCGAGGCGUACCGGUCGCAGAUCCAGAUCCUCAUCGGCAUGGAAACAGAGUGGAUACGGGAGCCCGAGUCGCGGCAGUGGAUCACGAAGCUGCAGGACAAGUAUGCGUUCGACCUGUUCAUCGGCUCGGUGCACCACAUGCACACGGUGCCCAUCGACUUCGACAAGGCCAUGUACAGCGAGGCGCGCACGCGAGCCGGGGGCACGGACGAGCGGCUGUUCGAGGACUACUUCGACGCGCAGCUCGAGAUGCUGCAGGCGCUGCGGCCGCCAAUCGUCGGGCAUUUCGACCUGGUGCGGCUGCUGAGCGAUGAGCCAAACCGGAAGCUCCGGCAGUGGGCAGGAGUCUGGCGCAGGAUACAGCGCAAUCUGGAAUUCAUCGCCGCUUACGGCGGCUUGCUGGAAUUGAACACGGCCGGGCUGCGCAAGGGCUUGCUGGAGCCGUACCCGACCAGCGAGAUCUGCGAGGUAUUCCUGGGGCUCGGCGGACGGUUUACUCUGUCCGACGACAGCCACCAGGUCGAGCACGUCGCCACCAACUACGCGCGGCUGCCCGAGUUCCUCGAGCGCACCGGCAUCCGCGAGCUGUUCUUCCUCCAGGCGGGGCGCGAGGGCGGCGACGCGCGCUUCCCCGGCAUCGCGCUGGCGAGGGUGAGUGCGGCAGAGGUGGCAGGGCGGCUCGACGCGUGA